AGGCUGUACAGAAAUGUUAUAAAAUAAUCACAUGUCUCCUGUGUGUGAGACAGAGAGAGAGAGAGAGAGAGAGAGACAGAGAAAGUGUGUGAGAGCAUUAUAUCAACAUUAUCUAUGCUCUCAUUUGCUGAUUCCUCUUUUGACCCACAUUUCUCUUUGUUCAUACAACAGGUCAUGAGCACAGCAUCCAUAUCAGAGUAGCUUAAAGCGCUCUUUCUCUCUCUCUCUCUCUCUUUCUCUCUCUCUCUCUCUCUCUCACACACACACGAACACAGUGUUGUAAAAAUGCUGUUUUCUUCUUCUUCUUAUUAUUAUUAUUGUUUAUUGAACGAGUAAAAGGGACUAAUUUUAGAGAUAAUAGAGAUAAGUAAGUGAAAAAAGAGUGAGAGAGAAUAAAACGCAGAAAAGGACAGACAGACAGAAAAACAAAUUAUGAGGCAGAAGACAUAAUAGAUCCAGUAUUAAUUAGAAAGUAUUAAUAUGUCAGAAAGGCAGAGGGGGACAAAUGAUUAGGGGAUGGAAAGAGAGUAAGAGAGACAGAAAUGUGAGAAAAAAGAAUAAAAAAAGUAAAAGAUGAAGAGAAAAAGUAAAAGUGUAAGAGGAAAAGGAGUGACAAGAGGAGCACAAGACAGACUCUGAAUGUGAAUGUGUGUGUGUGUGUGAGAGAGAGAGAGAGAGAGAGAGAGAGAAGUGCCACUGUACAAAAGGGAUGAAGAGAAUGUGACUUGGCAAGUGGCAGAGCGCUGGGGGUCCAGUGAAGAGAGAGACAGAGAGACCAGACUGAGAGAGCGCGAGAGCACUAAUAAAGAUCCCCUAAACUUAGAACUUUUAUUGUGGUGAGAGAGAGAGAGAAAGACAGAGAGAGAGAGAGAGAAAGAGACACGGAGAGAGAGAGAGAGAGAGAGAGAGAGAGGCGUGCUGGCACCAGAGGCUGUCUGUUUUACACUCAGUUGUUUGUGGAGGGCAGAAGAUUGGUGAGUCCACCAUCAUCAACUUUAAGUUCCAAAACGUUCUACCCUCAUCUACCGGUUCUUCUUCUGUCCAUCCUGAGAGAAGAGAAGAGGAGUGGCACUUAAAGAGAAGAGAAAUGAAGAGACCCCACGAUUACAGCUCUCCAGACUCGGACACGGAUGAGCUGAUCGAUGUUGGACAGGAGGACAGUUACUGUCCUGUCACUGGUUCCAUGUCUCCAGGCAGUACAUCACAGAUCCUUGCCCGGAAAAAGAGAAGAGGGAUCAUCGAGAAGAGGCGCAGAGACAGGAUUAACCACAGUCUGUCCGAGCUGAGGAGACUUGUUCCCAGUGCCUUUGAGAAACAGGGUUCAUCUAAACUGGAGAAGGCUGAGAUUCUACAAAUGACGGUGGAUCAUCUCAAACUGCUGCACGCCAUGGGAGGGAAAGGUUACUUUGAUGCCCGUGCACUAGCGGUGGACUACAGGACGCUGGGUUUUCGUGAAUGCGUGGGAGAGGUAGUGAGGUACCUCAGUUCUCUGGAGGGGGUGGAGUCUGCAGAUCCCAUCGGGGCACGCCUGGUUUCCCACCUAAGCCACUGUGCCAGCGAACUAGACCCUGUACACCAGAGCCCAUCUACCCUACCCUUCACCCCCUGGCCCUGGGGCUCCUUCCCUCAACUCGGCGGCCCCUCCAGCCCACCAAUCACGUCAGCCCCCUUCACUUCUGACGGCCGCCGUGACCUAACCCCUCACGCUGCCCUCCUGGCUUACCCUUCACCAGCCCUGCGUGUGGCUCCUCUGGGCAGCCAGGGGGCGCUCCUCAGUCCUGCCAUAUCUUUAGUGCGCAGGUUACCGUCAAUCACAUCCCGUCCUCACAGACUGCCAGAGCCACCUAGAGAGGGGCCCACUGUCACCUCACCUCUACACUCUGCCCCACCUGCUCCUCCUAGCUCCUCCUCUUCCUCACCCUCUUCUAUUUCCUCCUCCUCUCCCUCUUCUUCCUCUGCUGGCCAUCCUCACAUUUCCUUCAGACCCUUUGCUGCUCUGGGGCCUCCGGCUCCGGGGCUCAGGGGCAUGAGUGUAUCCAGUAAGACAGCACAGGCCUGGGGGACAGAGAUCGGGGCAUUCUGAUUCAAUUAAAGCAACAGACUGUUAAAAAGCACAGAAAAACUGCUUGCCAAUCAGAACAUUGUGUUCACAACUGACCUGAACAUGCUCCACCCAUAAAGACAUUCUUCAUAGUAGCUGUAGUGAGUUUGAGCAAGUUUUACAGUACACCAGCAAAAAUCUCAUUCAUGUAUGCCCUAUUGCAGGGUUUUGGGUUCAAUACUCAUGUCUGAUAAUGUGCCACAGUGAGGCCCUCUAGCAAAGUUCUUAACCCUAUGUGCUCCAGAGGGCUUUCUAAGCAGGUAUAUGUGAAAAGAAGGUUGAACUUUACACAUGUAUAAAUAUAAGAAAAAGCACAUUAUACAUAUUUAUGAUCAAGAUACCCUAAUGCUAAAUAUCAGAUGAUAAUAAUCCAGUCUUUGUUUUCUCAUAAAUGAUACACCUACACAAUUUUUGUGAAAAUAUGCUGUCAGUCAUUACAGGUAUAAAAUCACUUAGCAUGUAUAUAAUGUUAUAUUCAAGAAAUAUAAAUAUUUUGUUUUUCAUGGCCAUUUAAAAAAUCCAAAAUUACUUUAUUUCUGACCUCCUUGAUCAUCUGGGUACCAGUUUGUUUGGAAUGCUACCAUAAAAUUAGCCAUCCAAGGUGGCGUGAUUUUUUUUAUAUGUGAAUCAUGGCUUAUUAUCCUUAUAAGAACAUAUUUCUUUUGGGGUUUUUUUAUGGAGUGAUUAUGUGAUACAUGCCAUAACUCUCAGUCAGUCAGUCACAUUUCAUGUUCCUAUCUGCAGCAAAGAGAGUUUCCUUAAAACAAUAUAUUAUACUGUACAUAUCAGAAGUCUCACUUUGCAGAACUUUAAGCUGCUUUAAACAUGCCUUAUUUCUGCAGGUUCUUAAUAAUGUCUUUUCAUGGUUCUUACUCAGCAAAAAAACAAACAACUUAAAAUAGAGAAUAACUAGUUCAUCAAAAAUAAUUGACUGCAUUGUGACAUAUACUACACAGUGUUUCAUGGUAUCCUAUAAAUCCCCACAGGGAUAACAGAUUAGUUAAAUAGUUGCAUCCAAUUUAAAUGCUAUGCAUCCAUAAUUAAUACAAGUCAUGCUAUGAGCACACACCACAUACACACAUAUCUUUCUGGACAAGCUAAGAGAUACAGAACUGUCCUCUGAAGUGAAUGAAGCAUGAGGACUAAAGCAGUAAAUUGAUAUUACAGGAUUUUACACAAAUAUGUCUUAGUGUUCAGUUUGUGCAACUCUACCAAAGAUUCUGACAGAUAUGCUGUUCUUCCUAUUACAAGGCAUCAUAUCAUAUAAUCAUUUUGAAGCUGGUAAGACAUAAAUCUCUACAUUUGUUGUUUAAUGGGAACUUUGGAUGCGUUUUGUAAAGAUGCCAAACAGAAUUACCAAACACCAUUAUUUGUGACUGAAGCAUAGAGUUCGGUUGAUAUCCCUUUAAGUGAUAUUCAUAACAAAAUGCAAUGCACAUCAGAAUAUGAACAUUUUCUUUGGACACAUGGCUUUCUGAAUUGUUAUACAGACAUGAAAAAUACAGAAUAUGUUUUUGAUUUAUUUCAAAACCCAAAUUGUAAGCAGGAACAUGAGAACAAUACAAGGAUGAAUAAAUGCACAUUGUAAUUGUGUACAGUUGCUGAAAAAUGAAAUUAAAAUGAAGGAACUGUGUUUACUUUUGAAGACAAAACCAGAUUCAGUGAUUAUCUGCUUAUCAUAAUCAAACUUUGUCUCAGAGAUGGCUUUGUAAGAAUAGACUGGUGAAAUAUUACUGUUUUAGCACAUUAUUGUAACACGACUGAAACUUGACUGUUUUUUGUUUAUUUCUUUACUGGUUUUCAAUAUACGAUUAUUUGGACUCUCAUAUAUGUAAUCCAUUCAACAUGGAAGCGACAUAAAAACAAAAAGUGCCUA